AUGAAACCAGCGACAUUUAACUCAACUCAUCAGAUUCAGGAAAAUGCUCCAAACCCCCCACUUAAAAACUCUCACUAGGGUUUAACUACCACCCCACCAGAUAGCACUAAACAUCUAUAAGGUAUGUAAGAGGGUAAAAGUUCUGUCAAGGAUCAAGAGACCACAGAUGAAACGAAGCUCUUUGAGCAAAGAUUAAUGACCUCGGCAGAUAACGAGGAAGAAAAAGAGUGCCCCAAAAAAAGAGGUCGAAAGAAGGGAAAAGGAAAAGAGCUCCAGGAUCUCUUAGAAUAAUAUCAGAGCAUGAAAAGAAUCCCAAGCCAACAUAUGAACUCUGAGGAUUCGAACUAAAAUGAUGAAAAUUCUCAAGAACAGAGUGAAGACCCUAAUUAAAGUCAAACUCUUCAUAAAAACCAACAAGACUCCCAAAGAAGAUCUAGAAGGCAGCAUUUGCCACAGAAAUUCAAGACUUUCGAUAAUAUAAUAUCAAGUCAGGAGGAAAAAAUGAUUAAACUUGCAAUCAAAAACUCUCUAAUUGAAAAAGAAAAUAAAGUAACUGAAUCAUUAGAGGUGAUAGAAGAAGUAAAAACUUUUUACCCGUCUCAAGAGGAGUUUAAGACUCCCCUCAAAUAUAUAGAGAAGUUGUAGCAGUAGGGGGCAUAAAAGUACGGAAUUAUAAAAAUAGUUCCUCCCAAGGACUUCAAACCUUCGCUAGCUUUCGACCUUUUUUCUGAUUAAAAGCUUCCAUCCAGAUUUCAAAUCUUAUAGGAUCUAGCUUAGGGCAAGCCCUUUAAUUAAAAUCACAGUGGUCAUACCCUUUCUGAAUUCGCCUAACUCAGCAAAAAGCUGGAUGAACCUGAUUGUGAUCCUCACGACUACUGGGCUAUAGAAAAGGAGUACUGGAAGUACGUUGAAAACUAGAUGGGGCCUUUAAUGAAGGUAGAGUAUGCAGCAGAUUUGAAUGUUUAGUUGUAUGGCUCUGGUUUUGGCCGCGAAGGUCAGUAAGUCUAGGACAAACGAUCUGAAGAGUACCUAGAUCACCCUUGGAACCUGAAUAACUUGUAUAAGCAGGAGGGCUCGCUCAUGCAGUUUCCAAGGUCAAAGGAUAUUUCUGGUAUAAAUAUUCCUUGGUUGUACGUUGGCAUGAAAUACUCCACAUUCUGCUGGCAUUACGAGGAUUUAAUGCUAUAUUCAAUCAACUACAACCACUGGGGAAAACCAAAGCUUUGGUAUGGAGUAUCAGAGGAUUAUAGGGAGAAAUUCGAAAAAGCUGUCAAAACGAAGGUGGCUUUACUGUUCAAAAAAGAUCCUAAUCUUCUUAUGGACAUUAUAACAAUGAUUUCACCACAUUAUCUUGUCUAAUAAAAAGUCAAAGUUUAUAAAACACUAUAAAUGCCUGGUGAAUUCAUUCUCACUUUUCCUGGCGCUUAUCAUGCUGGAUUUUCUACUGGUUUUAACAUUGGUGAAGCUGUAAAUUUUGUUACUAAGUCCUGGUUUGAUUACGGGCUUAAGUGCCAAGAAAUAUAUAGAAGAACAAGAGAAAAAAUUCCUGUAUUCCCAAUGGACUGGCUACUGAUAGAAAAUAUCUAAAACUUAGACAAAAUUAACUUAGACUUAGAAACACGGCUUAAGUUAAAAGAGAUUUAUGUCAAGGUGUUUAGAGAGGAGAAAAAGCAAAGAGAAUUCGUUGAAAGGUUCGUUAGAAGUGGCUAUGGAGACAAUGAUCAAAACAAGUAGCCUUAUCAAAUUAUGGCUUAGAGAGAAAAUGUUCCUGAAGACCAACAUUAGUGCAACUUUUGUACCGAUUUCGCUUAUCUAUCAAUGAUUUACUGUACCAAGCACAAAUUUAACUACUGUCUUUUCCAUGAAAUAAUGUGUGGUUGUGGUCCUCACUAGAUUAGGUUGAUAUAUAGAUUCACAACAAAGGAAUUAGAGAAACUUGAGAAAAAUAUAAAGGAUUCAUGCAGCUAACAAGCCCCCAAAAACUAGAUUUUACAAGCAAAUAUCAAAAUAAAGAGCAAAGAUACUGGUAAAAAUGAAAAAGCUGGAAUCAUAAAUCAAACAAUCUUUGAAAUCAAUAAUAACUAUAUCUAAAAACCUAGCUCUUCAUAGGAAAAAGGAUCUGCUAACGUCAGCAGCCAAAAGAGUGAUUCUCUGAUAAAAGGGUCAAAUUAGCCUGAAGAAUUGUAAAAGCUAAUUCCAAAAUAGUCACUAUGA